ACCCUUACCCCUCUCUUGGAAGUUCGAAGAGCAUAUCCAGUUUUAUACCUUUCUUCAACAUAUUGUUUGGCCACUCUACUUUCUUCCCCAAACGAACAUACCCCGCUCAGAGUUAGAUUUUGAAUCGUCGCAACCGCAUCCAAAAUUUCAAAUUGGGGCUAAAACAAGACUCAACCACCUUCGCGUUUAGCGUAGCUACGAUUUUCUUGCAUCAUAACUGAGGAAUAUGGGUGACGUGGAGCAAAGCAAUGAAAAUAACAAAGAGUCUAUGAUUGAGCAGCUUGCUCAGGCGUUUCUUGAAUUGGAAGCUCAGAAGGGCGCUUCUGAGGAUAAGGUUCAAUGGGAUGAGAUUAAGCAACAUUUCUCUGACCUUGAGAUGGCAUUGAACAAGAAAAAUGAAGAGCUGCAGGCUAAGGAGAGGGAGUAUGAAGAGAAACAAUUAGAAAUGAAUACAUUACUUACACAGAGAAAGGCGGCGGUUACUUCAAAAGAACAAGAUCUAUUAGAUCGUUUGCAGGAGCUUAAAGACACCGCUGUAGCUGCCAUUAUAGAGGCUCGUCCAAAUGACGAGACUACAACUUUUGAUUUUGUGUAUGAUGGGGAGGACAAAGAUAAUCAGGUAAGCAUCUCCCCUGAAGACUCUCCUAAUAAGUCAGGUGAAAAGUCUGAAGGUGUGGCUACUGAGGUUAGGCCACAUCUAGACUUGAAAGUUUAUUGUGAGAAAAUGGAUGCGACAGGCCUUCUGGAUUAUGUUGUGGCGCAUAAGAAAAAAGUGUCUGAAUUUCGUGAAGAAGUUUCUGUUGCAUUAGAAAGUGCAACUGAUCCAGCACGUUUGGUGCUUGAUUUACUAUUGGGGUUUUAUCCCGACAAUGAAACUAGCCAACAAAAUGAUAACGUGGGUGCUGCCCUUCAGGGCAAGCGCAAAUCCUGUAUUCUAAUUUUGGAAGCCAUGGCCAGCUUAUUGGCAAGGGCUGACCCAGGUGCAGAUCACCUUUUGAACCCUGAAACCAAGCAGCAAGCCAAGGCAAUUGCCGAUGAGUGGAGGCUCAAGUUAGCUAGUGCAGGCAUUGAUGCUGCCAAUGGAAAUUCAUUGGAAGCAGAGGCAUUCUUGCAGCUUCUUUCUACUUAUAGGAUUGCUUCAGAGUUUGAUGAAGAAGAACUCUGCAAGCUUGUACCUGCAGUUGCUCAGAAUAGGUCGGCACCUGAGCUCUGCCGCUCUAUUGGCUUAACUCACAAAGUGCCAGCUCUUAUCGAAGCUUUAAUCAACAAUGGGAAACACAUUGCGGCUGUACACUUUGUUCAACUCUUCAAGCUUCAAGAAAGCUUUCCCCCUGUGCCCCUCCUGAGGACAUACCUCAAAAACCAAAGGAGAAAUUCACAAGUAAAGGCUGAUAAUGUCCGUGAUAUUGCUACUGCAAAGAUUGAUGCCAAUGCACAAGAGCUUGCCGCACUGAGAAAUGUAAUCAAGUGCAUUGAAGAAUACGAGUUCGAAUCCGAGUACCCACUUGAUACACUCCAUAAAAGGGUUCAUCAACUAGAGAAAGCAAAGACAGAAAAAAGGAGAGGUGGAGAUUUUUUCAAACGUCCUCAACCAUCAAAGAGGCCAAGGCCUAACGAGAGGCAUUUUCCACUUCGUUCAUCUGGCCGUGGUAGUGCUUCAGCUGUCGUUACUGGUAGGCAGGUUCCGCCUGUUAGGACAGCAUAUGCAGGAACUGCUGACAGGUAUCCCCAUUAUGCUGCAGUCGCACAUGAUUAUCAAGUUCCUGGCCAAUCUAUAUACACUCAGCCAGCUAGUGCAACUCCUCCUAACUAUGGUCGUUAUAUAGGUAGUAGUUUGCAAUCCACACCCCAUCAUUACAUGUGAUUUUUUUAACAUCUAAGCAUUGCUGAAAUGACUUGAGACAUGCUAGAGAUCAAACAUUAGUUCUAUCCAAACUUUUUUUAAAUAUUCCCUUUUGUUCUGUUUGAGUUAUUAUGAUGCCAGAAGGCAGGUGUGCUCUUACAUGGUCGCUGUGGUUAAAUGAAGUGUAUGUUAAACAUUUGGUGACAAAACUCGUUUGGUCCAAUACAAAGGAGUUGGAAGCCAAUUGUAGGUCGAGUCUGUGGAUGCAACAUCGAUGGUUAGAAUAAUCGAUGAAGUUUAAACUAUUAUAUAUCUAGGCUUUCUGUUUUUGAGUAAAAAAGGAAGGUUUUCAUUUUCCUUGUAA